ACCAGAGACCCGUAUUCUCUGUGCCGUUCCUUGAGGCUGAUAAAUUCUAUCGUCGUUUUCAUACCGCCCUCUGAAUGUUCGAACGCGUGAAGGUGGCUGGCAGGCUGCUUCACAUUGCAGCGUUUACGGCUGCGUACGGCUUCUUACGUGUACCUUCGUUCUAUCUUGAAGGACGUUCCGUUGCAGUGAUUCGUUGUCCGCAGACGUAACACGCAAGCGCAACCGUAAACGCGGCAGUGUGGAUUAGCCUUUAAUCAGCGCGGUGCUUCACUUCGUUCAGCUGACACGAAAAAGCAACCUUUGGCUACCAGUUUACCCGUGAACUUUUGAUCGCAUUGUUUUCGAUGCUUCGUACCCUCAAAGAACCGUGGAAGACAGCGUGUUCUCCCUCAGCCAUACUGUGGUCAGCUCAUCUGCAGUUGUGUCCUCGAUGUGGUCAAGCGGAGAGUGGGUAACGCUAUAAUACCUGUCCGCGACAUUGUGCUUCAAUGGAUCUGCUGAUCGAGACAUCGGAACAGGCAGUUGAGCCGCCUGAGAUUAGGAAGCGGCGUGGCGACUAUUUCAUACAGUCUUCUUCUCCUGCAUGAUGUCUUCAGCAGAAUCUUAGUUCAGUGAUUUCGGCAACGAAGUUCCGGGAGGCAUACUCCGCCAUCCUGCACCUUUCUCCCUGUCCUGGAAGAUCGGCAUCUCAUCUUCUGGACCACGCCCCCGGGUGACCAAAAUGACCCUCGUAGUGGUAGCAACAUUCGCCUUCUGCUGGUUACCCUACCAAACGUACAACGUUCUCCAAGAACUCUACCCGGAGAUCAACCAGUAUCGCUACAUCAACGUGAUCUGGUUUUCCUGCCACUGGUUGGCCAUGAGCAACUCGUGCUACAAUCCUUUCAUCUACGCCAUCUAUAGCGAAAACUUCAGUGCAGCUUUUCAAGCCAGGAUGACCUGCUGCUUCUCAAAGAAGCACGCCCAAGCGUCGACCCUGCAUCGAGUACGCUCCACUGUGUCAUCGUAUUCGUGAAAGAAAAAAGAUUUCAUCGAGAAGGCAACGUUUAUCCGUCAGAUGCCUUACAGCGUCAGUCAUACUAUCAAUGGAGCCCUAUACUUCCUAAGGUAGUACCACCCACAGCGUCUGCCCACAGGAAGGGGCACACAGUCUGCUGUGUAUAUACGAUUGUCAUCGAGAAAUAUAUAUGCUUUUGACUUA